AUGUCUUACCUAAAGAAGGUCGCCAUUGUCGGGGCCACCGGGACAAUUGGACAACAUAUUGUUCGGGAGAUCCUCAAGACUCAAAAACAUGAACUGACUGCUAUUACACGAAGUGCUAGCAAUACAGUGAUGCCAGAGGGGGUCAAUGUUGCCAAAGUCGAUUACGACAAUCAAUCUACGCUGGUAUCUGCACUCCGGGGACAAGAUGUCCUUAUCAUUACUAUGGCCGCUUCUGCACCAAAGGAUAUACACAUCAAAUUGGUUGAAGCGGCUGCAGAAGCCGAUGUUCCAUACAUCAUCCCAAAUGGCUGGGGACUGGACGCAACUCAUCCGGUGUCUGAUGACGCUUUUAUUGGACCUCACCAGCGUGCGAUCUAUAAGCGUAUAGAGGAGCUUGGUAAAAGCGCCUGGAUCAACUUUGUGUGUGGUUUCUGGUAUGAGUUCAGCUUGGUUGGGGGCCCAAACGCAUACGGAUUCGAUAUCGAUAACCGCUCUGUGACAUUUUUUGAUGACGGCACGGCCCGCAUCAACACCUCAACCUGGGAUCAAACGGGACGAGCAGUUGCAAAUUUCCUUUCUCUAAAGGAAAAGCCCGAGAAUGGCGAGGAUGAGCGCCUGACCAUUUCUGGCUUCAGGAACACGAACGUUUUCAUAUCAUCCUUCCUAGUCAGCCAGAAGGAUAUGUUCCAGUCCAUUCUGCGAGCAACUGGAACUAAAGAGGAGGACUGGAAAAUCACCCAUGAACCAUCGGAGCAACGUUAUAAAAGUGCAGUGGAAUCAUUCCGCCAGGGGGAUCGGGGUGGCUUUGUGAGGGCCAUGUUCACAAGAAUGUUUUACCCAGAAGGGUCAGGAAAUGGCUCUGGCGCAUUUGAGGCUACGAAUAAGCUUCAAAACGACUUGCUCAACUUGCCAAAGGAAGACAUUGAUGGGCUGACAAAGGUCGCUAUUGAAGACCCUGAACAGUUCCGAAGGAAUUACUCUUAA